AGUGUCCGAGUGAGUAAUCACAGGACUAGCGAGCGUGGCCUUUACAUAUACAACGGCUAUAUGAUCUAUGUCACCCGUAGUCACAAAGCAAAGCGCUCAACCAAUAGGGAAUUCGUUGUUGCUCGGUUCUUCCCUUCCCAGGUCGGUCACUUGAUGUAUACAUACCUUGUAUAUAUUCGUCCUUUCGUGGAUAUGCUUGCUCGAGAGCAAUUGCCGAAUAUCGAUGGCUGUUCCCCUUUUUUCUUCCGGAGCCGGCCCGAGUCUGACAGCCCCCAUUGGUCCACUGAACGCCUCACCAAGAUAGUGAGACGCUUCACACGACAGGUUUGGGACCAAGGGAUUAAGCUGCGCCUCUUACGACAGAUCUGUAUUGGGAUCGCUGAUAAGCACGUCCGUGAGGUGAGCCGUCCUUUUAACCGGUUUGAUGACCGGACGGAUAAUGCGGAUCGAGGAGUUGUAUUCGCCUGGUCGAGCGGCCACCGCCCACUACAGCGAGCGAGGACAUACGGGCUUGAUGGGGCCUUCCCGACGCAUCUACAGCCUCAGUUACUUGAGCGUUACGAAUGGGUGUCAGUUCGUUGGCACGAAUUCUUGCACCUUCCAAGUAGAUAUGCCUCUAGGCUUGUGCACGCUGGACCUGAUCCUAUUGCUCCAUGGCUCGGUACACCUAGUGCAACGAGUCUGGAUGAUGACUCUCAUAAUUGCUUGUUCAUGUCACCACCUCCAUCUUCUCCACAGGCUCCGUCAUAUGGUGCUAAGUCCUUCACGAGGAACGAUAGGGGGCAGAACCUGUUGAAGUGUCGCUUCAUAAUCACAUCUCCUCAAACGCCGGCGAAAAGAAGACGGGUUCAAUUCGCGGGAUCAUCAUCUCCUAUAUUGGAUCCACCGAACCGAUCAUGGGGAGGGUUUAUGUCUCCUGUGUUUGGCAAGAGGAAUGAGUCUGAGAGUAUUACUAUGGCAGAUGAGCAGGAAAGGAUCAUUUCUUAUCUCAACGGGAAACAAACUGAAAUUCGUCUACUUAACGAGAAAGAAGCAGAGAUCGUCAUCCCGACCGAGACCGGUAACGAGAUCUUCACGGCCGAUCCGUGCCUCGAUCUCAUCGAUCGACUUAACUGGAUCCAUCAGACCACUGAGGCUUGGAGAUUUGUCGGCUGCGAGCUUUGUUUCAUAAUCAAGGGUGGGCCGGAACCCAAUCAUGGAUUAGACAGCUGCGAACAGUGGCCCGCUAGCAAGCAUGCCAAGCGUAUUCUGCAGUGGCUUACUACCCUCAAGAUUCCACGAUACUAUGAUGUCAGGGGGGCAUGUAGCAUGUGUGGGCACGGAUGGCUCGUGUGUGAUGAGAUGGGACAAGGAGAGCUCGCCCGCCGUGAAGCACGCAGUCAAAGAAGCAACAGCGGAAAGGCAAAUUUGAUGAAAGAGUAUGAUGCUGCGCCUGACCCUGAUGGCUACUGUAUGAAUAAACCAGUAGUGCGCAGAAUAAUCGCGGCGUUAUGCGCGUACGAUGAUCAAAUUCUCGGCAAGGCUUUGACGAAGAUGGCACUCGAUCACGAAGGCAUAGAUCUGACUUCAGAGAGCCAGGCAAGGCUCUGGCUAGAGCAGAGAAUACGGUCUCAAGACGACUACUGGGUCUCAAGGCUCAUCUAUGUGCUAGAUCAGCUUAUAAUGGCGUAUGACUUCCGUCGGUCAAGAAAACAGUCACUAGCGAGGAAAAGCCAAAGCAUUGAUUUGGAAAGAUAGAGAUGGCAUAUGGGAAAAUGGGAAUUGUAUGACUAGAACCCUAGUAAACAAUAACCAAAUCAACUCUAGUAGAGUUGAUUUUACUGACCCACUUUAAACCUAGUAGGGUUGAUUAUUGCC